AUGGUCAAGCGAAAUCGAUAUGCGACGGGCGUGUCGCUCUUUGCGGCUCUGGGUUCCAUCACGUAUGGCUAUGGAGCGUCCAUCAUCGCGCAAACUAUCGGCCAACCGCAAUGGUAUGAAUACUUCAACCUCGCGCAAGAGGGACCGGGCCUCGCACAUACGAACGUCAUUACGGGCUUGAUGAAUGGCCUCUUUUCUACAGGCGGUGCUUUAGGAGCGCUCUUCACGGCUUGGACGACGCAUGCUUUUGGAAGGCUACGAACAAUUCAGUUUGCAUGCGCGGUUUGCAUUGUCGGCGGAAGCCUGAUGACGGGCGCAGCCAACAUUGCCAUGUUUCAAGCGAGCAGGUUUAUCAUGGGAUGGGGGAUAGGCAUGAUGGUGUGCGGUGUCCCAUUAUAUCAGUCUGAACUUGCGACGCCUACGCAUCGAGGAAGACACAUUGGAUUUCAUGGCAUGGCGCUUGCGACCGGGUAUGCGCUGACAGGCUUCAUCGGCUUCGGCUGCUACUAUGAUUCUAACUCGAGCUUCCAAUGGCGCUUCCCCUUCGCAGUCCAACUCAUCCCUGUCCUCAUUCUUCUCGCAGGAAGCGCAAAGCUACCCGAGAGCCCGCGAUGGCUCCUCUCAAAUGGCCGCAAAGAGCACGCCUGGCGCAACCUGCAACGUCUCCACGCUAACCCCGACGACCCUGACGAUACUUUCGCCCGCAAGGAGUUCUACCAAAUGACGCAGCAAUUUCUGCUUGAGCAGCAGCGCCGUGAGCAGCUCCACAUCGUCCACUGGUGGGAUUUCUUCCGCCGCAAGUCCUUCCUUCACCGCGUCGCUAUCGGCAUGGGCUCCCAGCUCAUCAACGUCGGUACCGGGAACCUUGUCGUAAAUAACUACCAAGUCUCUCUAUAUCAACGCUUGGGCGUGAAGGGCGCGAUUCCCAUUCUGCUCAUCGCCUUUUGGAACUGUGUUGGUAUGUGGGGAAAUACGACGUCCGCCUUCUUCAUCAUGGAUAAGUACGGGCGGAAGCCCUUCUACAUGCUAGGGAUCGCCGGCUGCGGUGUGAGUCUUAUCUUCGAAGCCGCGCUCACAAAGUACUACGUGCAGACCGGCUCCGAUAAUAAGGUGGGGCUGGGGUUUGGCGUGUUCUUCAUUUUCCUCUAUGUGGCGUUCUAUAGCUCGUGCAUGGACAAUCAGCAAUACGUCAUAUGUAGUGAAGUUUUCCCGAUGGAGACGAGGGGUUUAGGCGUGGCGUUGAGUCUGUUUGGGCAGUUUGCAGGGACAGCGUUGUUUGUGGGGGUGGCACCCACGAGUUUUGCUGCCAUUGGAUGGAAGUUCUAUAUGGUGUUUGUGUGCCUUUGCAUCGUUAACGUCAUUAUCGUAUGGCGGUUCUACCCCGAGACCAAAGGCCUGUCACUUGAAGAGAUCGAUGAGCUCUUCGGCGACCCAGUCGCUGUGCAUCUCACAGAUGCGAAUAAGGACCAGAUGGAGGAGCUUGAGCGCCAGGUCCGCGAGUUUUCGAUGCCGAACGGGAGUGGUAGUGUCGAGAUGCCGGACAGCGAGAGUAAGGGCAUGGAAGAAGAGAACGAGCAUGUUGAGAGGACUAGUUUCCAGGGGAAGAAGUAG